UUGACUAUGCUACAACUGACAGCAAAGCUUGGCACUCUCGCUAAACAGGGAUGGUCUAAUUUGAAUAUGGGAGUACAACAAAUCGGUGAGAAGGUCAAAGCCACUACCAAGGAAAUCGUCAAUACUAUUUCCGAAGAAUACGAAGAAGGCGACUAUCGCAGCUUAAGCAAUAGCAACGUAUGUGCACCUUGGGAGGAAUUAGACCUUAAAAACCCACAGGUGGAAGGAGAGGUAAGAGAAAUGAUUAUGAAUCUCUCAGAAAGCCAUAGGCACUUUACCAAUGCCCUGCCUGAUGAAGAUGAUUUUCAACUAGACCUACAAGAUUGGGUUCCAGUUGCUAUGGCUGCGCUGAAGAAGGACGACAGAUUGAAUCGACUUCGCUAUGAACUCGUUCCAGAAAAAAUUAGCGAGUACUGUUUUUGGCGAAAUUAUUUUUAUCGAAUUAUGAUUAUAAAAAAAGCGUAUUGCACAGAAGAAUCAAUACAAAUGCCAGAUGGUGUCCCCGUGACCGCUAGCAAGGAGGAUAGCGGCCAUGUAAAAAUUGAUCUGAGUCAUCAAGCUAUCACUUUGCCGACAAAUGUUGCUUCGUCACCAGCUGAACAGUUUUACUCUCCUGGAAUUGAGAGCGAGCAGAACCACGCUGAAAAGGAAAUUUUUGAAGAGAUAUACGAUGCAAAUGAUGAAGAAGACGGGAGUAUAAAUAGCUGGGACAUGCAUGAUGGAGGAACGUUCGAUGAUAGCAUUUUGGCUUCAGAUUACUACGACAUGGAAGAUACAGAGAAUAACCUUAACUCUGUCUCAUAUGGGUCAAGACAUGAUGACAAUUCUUCUUCAGCCUUGGAGUGAUAUAACGGUUAAACAUGCCGUAUAAAGACUUACAUAGUCCCUACUAGUUAUUUAAAAAAAACACGAAUCUGCAGAACAUAAAACAGCACGUUGACCAUUGGCGUUGCUUCGUGUCUGUGCUUUAUUAAAAAAAGGCAUUGUAUUGUAUAUGUGCGCGUAUGUAUGUAUAUAUAUCGUUACAGAAAGACAAAAAGACAUCUCGAUAUUUAUAUAUAUAUAUAUGUAUACGCGCGAGGCGCACUCUCUAGCUAAGGAGUAGUUUUUUGUGCACCUUGGCAAUAGAAGUGGACAAUAGAUGAAGAUAAGUGUGUAUUUCAGAAGCUUUUUGAUCAUGAUUAAAA